CUGUUCAUUCCCUCUGUGUUGCUCGAUUGUUUCUCUUCUCUGGAAUGGCUGAGAAGGCCGAAGGGAUUCACAGCCGCAGACAUUCAUGUUCUCUGAUUGUCUUUUGAGUGGAGCCGAUGGGAAUUAAGAGUGGGAGAUUUGGUUUAUCUUGUUUUAAACUUGCAGUGCAUGACAAGGAUAGAAGGCUUUCGCUGCAUUUUGAGGGCUUUGGUUUCAGAGCCGUUAUUCGCGAAGACUUGAGGAAUACGUGACAGCCAAACUUGUUCUGUCACAGCAGUUUUGAAACUACAUUUCUUAAAGGAUAGUCAAUUCUGUUCUUCCACUUCAACCAAUAUUCCAGUUAGCAACAAAAUAUUUGUCCUUGCAAUUGCAAUCUUAGGAUUCAGGGAAUUAAUAGUGUUCACCUGACCAAAAUCAUCAUCUACAAUUAUUGUACAACACACUCAAGGAACUUCGAUGUAACCAGUUUGCAGUCUGAAAUCUAAAGCAAUUUCCUUGGCCAUAGCUUAGCCCUUUCAGCUAGUCUCAAUAUUUUUGUGAGUAAUAUAUCUUUCAACAGUGUGUGCGGCCAAAAAAAGAAUCUUGAUCGAUUGGUCAAGGUUGUCAUGCUAAGGCCAUCAAUUUCCAUAGGGGGACUCUUCAAGUUCUUAAACCUAAGAGCAAGUCACGCGUCCUUCUGAAUGCCGGAGCUUAUAUUUCAACAAAGUUCUUCAAAUAAACCGAAUAGUCUCUGGCAGCCUGUAAUGAUGUCUGCCUUUCAAAAACCUCCACAUAAGGGCCGUGGUAGUGUUCAUCUGGACAAGAUCAAGUCCACUUCAGAUCCCUUGGAACCAACUGUCAGCUACAGACAGGCUGUCAAUAUUCUUCUAGGGGAUCAGAUCAGUAAUCUUGAGAAACACACAGAGAGGGGAAUAGACUAUGUUGAAAGGUUUAGCAGUUUCGUCAAAGAUAGACAGAAAAUUGAAAUUGAAUAUGCCAGCCAACUCAAGAAACUACACAAGAACUACUUACCGAAGAAAAAAGAAGAAGAAGAUUACAAAAGGUACACGGCGCUUCACGCCUUCAGACAGAUUCUCUCCGAAGUGAACAGUAUCGCCAACCAACACGAACUGAUCGGAGAGUACCUGGUUACCAAUGUCCUCAAGGAGGUCCAAGCGCUCAUUACCGAGCUGAGGUCGGAACGGAAGAAACAUCUCCAAGAAUUCAAGCAAGAGGAUAAUAACCUGGAGAAGUCGAUCCGCAAGAUGGAAUCGACCAAGAGUACCUAUAAACACAGCCAUGAAGCAUGGAUGACUGCUAAAACUAACUUUGAGAGAGCUAAUGAGGAUAUGAACCAAACAAAAGCACAGGUUGAAAAGUACCGAGGAACAAUGAACGCCAAGAAUUCACAAAAAUGUGAAUGCAAGGACAACUACAUCCUCCAGCUAGACAACACGAACAAAGACCAGAGAGACUUCUACUACACAAAAAUACCACAAAUAUUCACCAAAAUUCAAGAAAUGGAUGAGAGGAGGAACCAGCGCUUGGGGGAGUUCUACAUCUCUUACGCGGAAGGUCAUCGGCAGGUCAUUCCCCUGAUCAAGAACUGUCUGGACACAAUGACCAGUGAGGCAGAGAAGGUUGAUCCGUCCAAAGAUUCCAGACAGACGAUAGACAGGUACAAAACGGGACUUGUCCCGCCCGAUGACAUCCAAUUGAUCGAUUAUGAUGAGUUACAGCGAAAAGAAUCCGAUGUAGACACUGUCUCAAUGCAGAGCCUCAAGGAUAUCGAGAAAAACGGCACCCUCAACUCCGUGGCGCGGCGAAACCGCAAAGCCAAGGGAACAAUAUUUGGAAUGUUUGGGAGGAAGGGCCUAGGUCGUGAGGAGGAUAAGGACCCAUCGCGCCCCUCGACCAGCAUCAAGAUGAAAAUCCCACACACACCAUCCUUUAGACGCAAGAGACCACUCUCCUUUUUUCAGGAGGAGCCUAAAGAAGAUUUCAGCCACUUGCCACCAAACCAGCAGUCCAAGAAAUUGAAGGAGAAACUGGAUGAACUCAACAGUCUUAUAGAAUCAGAAGUCAAAUCAAAAGAAGGGUUGCAGAGGAUGAGAGAAGUCUACACGAAGAACCCCACACUUGGCGACCCCGCCAGUGUAGACAAGCAACUGGCAGACAUUGGCAAGAAGAUGGAUAAUCUACGAAUGGAACUAGCUAAGUAUCAGAAAUACAUGGGACACUCUCCAUACAAAAAUAACUCUCUUCCAGGUGGCUGCGAGCUGACGGUGACGCCUGCAGAUAAAAAUGGGCAAAACGAUGAUACUGAUACUAGCGAAACGAAGGGCCAUCGGCAAAGCGUUCUAGCCGAGAUUAAGAACUAUUUAGCUCAUGCUGAGGGCAAACCCAUCUCCACCACCCCUCAGACCACACCCAUGAGCACACCCCAGGGCACUCCCCAGCAGCCAUCCAAGACACACGACCCAGUCCAGUCAGAAUCGGAGAGACUCCCACCAAGCGGGGCGGAGACACCGCAGACUAUCACAGAGCACGAUGGACAGAACUCGUCUGGAGAACCACUCAGCCCUGGUUGGGGAGGACAAAAUAGCUUUGAUGAACAAGAGGAGCCUAUCGGAAAAUGUCGAGCAGUCUAUGAAUUUAAACCUGAUGAUGAUAAUCUAUUAAGCAUGGCGCAAGGAGAAGAACUGGAGCUGAUAGAGAAAGAUAGCGGGGAUGGAUGGACAAGGGUGCGUCGGGCGGAUGAAGAGGGCUAUGUACCCACCUCUUACAUCGAGCUCUUGUAAGAAUACUUUAAAAAUCACUGUGUGGGACUGAGCAGAGAACAGGAAUCGUUUGUCGAACACACACUGCAGAUCAACACGUGGGACUAUGAGAAUGUGAACGGUACACUAUCUGUAUUUUGAAGGAACAAAACUUUUAGAGAGCAGACGGAGGAGUCAGAAUAUAGAUGUGUAUCUGGAAACGUGGAAUCAAUGAGCGUCGGUGACCGAAGGAAAACAUUUGAAAGAAUGAAAUAACAGCCUGGCAAUUUGUCAGCAAUGUUGGAUAGGUGUGCAGAAUCUGCUCAUGGCAUUGUUAUUGCUUCGGAAUUGCAUAGUUGAGAUUCUGAGGUGAUUUGAAAAUUUCUUGCUGAAGUUGUCGCAGAUAUGGAUCAAAUUGAUUGACUGGAUGCAUGUAAAACAUUGUUUUUGAAGAAGAGAAGAAUGUGAGCACGAAUUCCAGGUUGUGCCACAAAAAAAAAACUAAGUAAUGCAUUUUAUGUAAAUGAUAAAUACACGCUGAUUUCAUUGUUCCCUCCGUUAAACAGCAUCGCAUCAAUAAAAUUAGCAAAAACGUAGGUUUUAGACACUCACUGAUCGAUAUUAUGCUUUGAUACAAGCAGCUACACUCAUAUUUGAAACAUGUAAUGCUUUGAUUAGGUAGUCUUAUGUGUUGGCCAGUAUAGAAUACAUAUUGCCCAAAGAGGCUCUGGUUUUAAACAUGUGUACCUGACGGAUAAUUGUCAUGUGCAUGUCACUUAGUCCUUUCUUACAGUGUUUUGUGAAGAUUAGAUUCUGAGCUCAAUUGAUCCUAAAUAAGAUUUCUGAAAAUAAGUACUCGGGGUGCUACAUAAUUUUUAUUAUUAAAUUAGGGUCAAUAUCAUAUUAUAUUGAUCCUAAUUUAUGUCAUUCUACAGUGAGAAUUUUGCUUGCCCAAUUCGGGCAAGUAGUUUUGGUCUUAACUUCAAAACACUUGCCCGACUCUGACUUUUACUUGCCCCGGGCAAUCGGGCAAGUGUAUUUGUAGCACCCUGGAGCGAUCUUGACCAUCACACGGCUCACAUCACCCAAGACGAAUAGUUGUGUUAAACUUCAUCUUGCACCGUGUGUGUGAAAAUAAAGUCUAUUUAUGGAUCAUAUUCAUUUGCAUAAGGAAAGUGGGAAUGGUAUUUAAUCACAUGUCGUACCAAAUGUGCAUGGAGAUGUACUUUAUUUGGUAUUUUUCUGUAAUAUUAUAAGCCAUGGAACACAGUAAAUUUCUAAUCAUACUGAGAAAUUACUGUAGAUCUGUGAGAUAUUGAAAUAGCAGUCAACUACAAGACCUUUUUGGGGAUUGACAAAUCUGAUUUUUACUGAAACAUUGAUAAAACAAGAACAAUAAUUAGGGCCUUCAGGCAUAGAUGAAAUUAUUUAAUUGAUUAUAGGAAUAGCGCUAGACCCAUAUUCAAGCAUUGUAAUAACCAUAUUGUCUAUAGCACUGUGUAUUGCAAGUACAUGUUCAUUGUUUUGAGAGUUAAGUGUCUUUCAUUUUAUCUUGCAAUUAUUAGGAAAUCGCAUUCAUUAUAAUGUUAUCAAAGAUUUUUAAAUACUUAUUUGUUUUGUGUGUUUUUAUGCCGAGAAGUAUGAAGCAGCUUUGAUAUCAAGCAGUUUGCCCUAUGAAACAUUACACCGCACUUUUAAAGUAAUGAAAAUUUAUUCCUAAUUCAAUUGGUAAUAUCAUUUGCAAAAUGAAAGGAUUAUCUUGCCAGUGUGUUUUACUUUCUUUCUUUCUAGACUAUUCAUAUAACUGUUCAGGCAAGCCCAUGAUUAAAAUAUUUGUAGGCCUUGCUUUCUAUUUCCUGACAUUUUUCUGACAAUUCGCAUGGUUUUGAAACUUAAGUAGACCAGGAUUUAAUGUCCAUAUCUUCAUUAGAUGGAAUAAAUACACUGUCACGUGAUGUGACGGUGAAUUGGUAAUAUAUAUAUCAGAUAUUCAUUAGCAUUUGGUACUGCAUUUAUAAUUUCUCCAAUAUAAAUGAAAUGUAACAACUUUCAUUUUGAAUUCUUUGUUGUAAGGGCAGAUAUGAUCCAGCUUUGUGAAAUGUAAUUUAUAAGAUCUAUAUAAAUAUAUUGUACUAUAUCAUUCCUCUCUUAUAUAAUGUAUACGAAUUAUUAUCAUUGUGUAUGUACAGUUUACAUACAUACAUAUAGUUAAUCAGCACAUCAACACACACACGGCAAUCUAUCAUGUUAAUUCACAUCUCAUUGGGCUCGGGAAUACAAAGUUUAGUAAUUGGUUAAAAAAAAUUGGUUUGCAUUGUGUCUGGUUGUACCUAUUAAAAAAAUUGCUACUUUGCUUUUUGUCCAGAUCUUAACAUUCUUAAAUUCCUCUAAUCAUUUACCACACCAACAUGGCAUUUCUUUUGUAGUUGAAAUUCUUUAUAUAUAUGAAUUUUAGUGUAAUUUUAUGAUGUAUACUAAAUAUAGUUUGACUCGACUGUCGGUAUUUAUUUCUUAGUGAAAUUUCUGGUUUCAUUUUGUAAUGCCACACUCCUUUGUCUUCCGUAUGUCAUUUAAUUUCUUUUUUCUAGUAGAUACCCAAACUUUAAAAUUUAUCUGAAAGGGGAAAUUUUAGAUCCUUUAUAAAUAUUAAUUUGGUCAUGAAUCAUUAUAUUUCAUACAUUUGUCUAUUUAGCACUCCCCAAAAUAUUGUGAAGAAUGCCCCGUCCCAUCUUAUCAGUGAAACGCGUCGGUUCUUGUGGCUUAUAUUUUGAGGAAAGAACUUUUGAAUUACAGGAGGAAUGCUUCUAUUUCCACUGAAUAGUCCAUUUUAUGAAGGAAUCACCUCGCAACAGUGUCAUGCACCAGUGGUUUUGUAUUUUGUUUAUUUUCUCUUUUUGAUGGAAUCUGUAGAUAUAGUGAUUAUUAUUAGUCUGUCUGAUUAUCAAUGAUAUUACAGUUGUAAUUAUGUAUUUUUUUUAUUGAAAGACAUGAGAGUGUGUUUUCAUGUGCAAAUAUAUCUGUUGUUUAAUCGAAUUGUGGAUAUAUGAAUAUGAUUUUCGAAUUUGAGUUCAUACUUUACUUACACAUUUAUAGGGGAAUGGAAUGUUCAUUUCCAGAAAUUAAUGGUUCAAUUUUUUCUUGGGAAAGUGUGUUUUUUAGGUUCUCUAGCCCAUCCCCCUCCCAUAUUUCUUUGUGAUGCUAAAAGAUACCCAUCUCUCUAUUCCAUAACCUUCAUAUCGACAAAUUAAUGCUUGUUUUGUCACCUCAUUGGUAUACAUGUAGCAGCAGUGCUGACUGACAGAAUUCCAGAGGGAUUAUUACACUUAAAUUUAUCAAAAUUAUAUGAUUACUGUAUAUGUCAUGUCUUAUAUUUAUUGUGUCGUAAUGGUCAUUGCUGCACCUGUGAAUAAUAAGUUUAUUUUGGUGGGCCAACUUAUUUCACCCUCUUCCCCCCCCUCCCCUAAUGUUAUGCUAGCUUGGUGAUGCUGUAUCAUAUAUUAUGAACAUGUAUCUGUUGGGGGAAAUGAUUAAGCAAGCAAUUUAAACAGGUACUUGUCAAUAAAUGUAAUCAUUAUUUUACAUCAAACCUAUAA